ACAUGAUUACAUGAGGGUUGGGUUAAUGAUCCACAUCAUUUGAAUCUAUAAAGAAAUUUCCAGUAUCUGCAAGUUGCACAUUCGAGCAGGAACACUGAAACUGGUGUUCUGACUCUUCUAAAGGCAAUCACAAUGCUUAUCAUUUGGAUAAUUUUGACUGCACUCGUGGGUCUGUCCAUUUCUGCAAACUCUGAAACAGUGAACCUGGGAGAGCGUGUGAUUUUACCAUGUGAGCAGGAAUGUGUUUCUGAUGUUAAAUGGUCUAAGAUCAUUCCUGACUACAGAGUUGUUGCACAGUGUUCCAACAGGAUCUGCAAUUUUGAAGAGGGUGUUCAAAACAGAGUUUCAGUGUCACCUGAAAAGAUCCCUUUGCUUAUAUUUACCUCAGCUGCAUACACAGACAUGGGCUCAUAUGAGUGCCGGUGUGACGGAAAACCAAUCUGUGAUGUGAGACUUACAGUUUUAGUACCUAUCAGUGUUAAGGCAGCUGUGUUGGACCGGGUCAUUCUACCCUGCUAUUGGAACACCAUGAAAGACAAAGCACAGUUUCAGUGGAAUAUGAAAGACCAAAUGGUGCUGCAUUUUGAAGAUGGGAAGCUGACGAUGGGUAAAGACUUUGAGGAGAGGUUUUUUUACUCUGAAGAAGGUUACUGGGAGGGUAAUCUGUCCCUGAUCAUCAACCAAGUUCAAUCAUCAGAUGAAGGCCUUUACCGCUGCUUUGUAAACAAAGACGAUAAAGGAUAUCCACAUUCGUACAUUCUCAGCAUUGAAAACCCCAAAGAUGUUCCAUACAACCAAAAAAACUACUUUUAUGCAACAGUUGUAUUAGCUGUGCUCUUUGGUUGUAUGUUCUUAUAUAAGGUCUUUUCAUAUCUCCAUGCACAGAAUCUGAAUUGCACCUGGCUGGGGAAGAAAAAACGUGAAACAAAUGAACUAACAUCUGUUGGUGUUAGUUCACCCGAAGACUUAUCACCUGAGCGUAAACCAUUAAAUUCACGUGAAUCUAAUCACAAAUUCAGGUUGAAGAGGAGGAGAAGUAAGAAACGCCCAAAAACGUGGAGUGGCACUUUUUCAAUGCCCUCUUCGAACCCUAAUGAAAACAAUGAAACAGAAAACGAAGAUUUGAUUUAGAGGCGAUAUUACGAUUCAGGGCGAUAUUACACUUUCAUAAGACAUCUUUUUUUAAGUUUAUAGCAACGCAAAUGUGGAAUUUGACAGUGCAACACUCAGUGACAGUAACAUUAAUAAACAACGCACACCAUAGUAGACAAGCAGAGUCAUAUUGGUGCUGUCCAGUGAAAACCUAGUAUCUCCUAUUUUGCUGAUUUUCAGUAUACAAUACAUAAUAUAUAUAAUUUGAAUACACUGACUUCCGUUAAAAAGGUUCUUUCUCUCUCCUGUUAAAAUGCUGUUUUGGAGAUACGUGUUUUUCACCAAAUAACCAUAGGGGUUUCGUUUUUUUGUGUGUUUUUAUUGGUAUAGUGAUGUUUAACCAGUAAACAGUCAAUAGGUCUGUGUAAGUAACUGCACUGUAAGCCUGGAUAAUUUGAAUUUACUUUAAAACAUUUGAGGAAACUGGUUGUCUUAAAAAAAGUUAAGUAAUGGGCAAUAAAAACUUAAGUUAGCAUAACUUAGAUUAUUUAUUACAACUAAAAGGGGAAGCUGAUUUAACUUUUUUAUUUUUGUUAUACUGUAUGACAGGAUAAGUUGAGUUUACCUGACUUUUUUAAGGCAGCUGGUUUGCUCAAAUAUUUAUUUUUUAAGUAAUGGCGAAUGAAAACUUGAGUUAGCAUAAAUUAAAACACCAAUUUAUUACAAAUGGGAACUUGAUUCAUUUCUAAGGUAGCUUAGGGGGGAAUCACUACACACUGAUGGUGAGUGUUAGUCAGAAACUGUUGGACACACCCAGUAUGCAAAUAGAUUGUGACAGAAACCAAUGGAAAAGAAGCUGUUAAUGGCAACAGACUAAACCCAGUUAUUAUAAGUUUGUUCAACUUAUUAUGUGCCCAAAAAUGUUCCAGUAACUCAAAACAGUUGAGUAUUGUUUAGAAAUAUCUAAUUUUAUAUAAAAAAGAAUAAUUUUAUUGUAUUUACCUCUGGGUUU